UCGAUGCUCAUCUCUGAGAAGUCAAUUUAGUUUUAAAUCAGUAGUGAGCAUAGAACACACAUUUUUCCCAAUUUUAUAUUAAGGUGACUUAAAGGCAUUUCGGAAAGUUCAAGAUGAGUGUACUCGGAUUUACCGAUAUAAUACAAGGGCCUUUGGCUCAAUACGCUCACAUCUCCCAGCAAAUUGGUGGUGAUGUGGCUCAGCACAGCCAGUUAGUUCAACAGGCUUUCAAAGCACAACUUCAAUUUUUGCAGCUGGCAAGCCAAAGUAGCAAGCCAGCUAACCAAAACGAUGUGAUGAUUUUCUUGAAGCCAACCAGCGAUAUAAUUGGAGCGAUUCAAGAUUUUAGAGAAAAGCACAGAACGUCUCCUUUUUUCAAUCAUCUAUCGGCUAUCAGUGAGAGCAUACCUGCUUUGGGAUGGGUUGCAGUAAGCCCUGCUCCCGCUCCAUAUGUAAAGGAAAUGAAUGAUGCAGGACAAUUCUAUACAAAUAGAGUUCUGAAGGACUGGAAGGAAAAAGACAAGCGUCAUGUAGAUUGGGUUAAGUCGUGGGUUCAGACUCUUAGCGAGUUGCAAGCUUUCGUUAAACAACAUCAUACCACAGGCUUGGUAUGGUCAGGAAAAAAUGCCCCUGUUGGGGUGCCACCACCACCACCUUCUUGUCCUCUGCCGCCUCCUCCCCUAGACAAUUUCGCCCCUGCUGCUCCUAACGCAAGUGACGAUAGAUCUGCUCUAUUUGCGCAAUUGAACCAAGGAGCCAACAUUACAAGCAAUCUUAAAAAGGUCACAUCAGAUAUGCAAACCCACAAGAAUCCAGCAUUGAAGCAAGCCGGGGUUGUGCCUUCCAGAGGCUCCGGAGGAAAUGCCGCUUCGGCUGGCCAGCCCGAUAAACCACCAGUAUUUACCAGAGAUGGCAAGAAGUGGGUGAUUGAAUACCAAACUAGAAACCAUAACUUGAUCGUUGAGAAUGCCGAGAUGAACAAUGUUGUUUACCUUUACAAGUGCACAGAAUGUACAGUCACUAUCAGAGGAAAGAUUAAUUCUGUUGUAAUUGAUGCUUGCAAGAAGACCGCUAUUGUGAUGGAUUCCAUUGUAGCCGCUGUUGAAUUCAUCAAUUGCCAAUCCGUUCAAAUGCAGAUGUUUGGAAAAGUUCCUACCAUUUCCAUCGAUAAAACCGACGGGUGUCAAGUUUAUUUGAGCAAUGAUUCUUUGGACGUUGAAGUAGUUUCUUCGAAAUCGUCCGAAAUGAAUAUACUAAUUCCUGCAGCUAAUGGGGAUUAUAUUGAACAACCCAUCCCUGAACAAUACAAGACAACUAUAUUGCCUAAUAAGGCAUUAAAGACGGUUGUUGUGGAAAGCAAGGGUUAGAUGCCUGGCAAUAUUUUACAGAUUAUGAAAUUGUAUCGUGACUCACUUUGUUUUAUAAAAAAUAAAAAAUAAGGUUUAUAUUUCUA